GGGUGCGCGUGCGCAGCGGAGCAGCUGUCACCCAGUGCGGAACAAGUCUCCCAAAUUUCCCAAAUCUCCGGGCCGGAGGUCCGCCGUCUUCCUCCUCCUAGUCCUCCUCCUCCGGGCCGUGUCCUCACCGCACCCGCGAGGCAGAGGCCAUCCCAGCCAUCAUGGAGGUGGCUGAGCCGGAGAGUCGGCUGAAUCCCAGCUGUAAGAUCAUGACCUUCAGACCUUCCAUGGAGGAGUUCCGGGAGUUCAACAAAUACCUCGCAUACAUGGAGUCUAAGGGAGCCCACCGAGCGGGUCUUGCAAAGGUGAUUCCUCCUAAGGAGUGGAAGCCACGGCAGUGCUAUGAUGACAUUGAUAAUUUGCUCAUCCCAGCACCAAUUCAGCAGAUGGUCACAGGGCAGUCGGGACUGUUCACUCAAUAUAAUAUCCAGAAAAAAGCCAUGACAGUGAAGGAGUUCAGGCAGCUGGCCAACAGUGGCAAAUAUUGUACUCCAAGAUACUUGGAUUAUGAAGAUUUGGAGCGCAAGUACUGGAAGAACCUAACUUUUGUGGCACCUAUCUAUGGUGCAGACAUUAAUGGGAGCAUAUAUGAUGAGGGUGUGGAUGAAUGGAACAUAGCUCGCCUAAAUACUAUCUUGGAUGUGGUUGAGGAAGAGUGCGGUAUUUCUAUUGAGGGUGUAAAUACCCCAUAUCUCUAUUUUGGCAUGUGGAAAACCACAUUCGCGUGGCACACCGAGGAUAUGGACCUCUACAGCAUUAAUUACCUCCACUUUGGAGAGCCCAAGUCUUGGUAUGCAAUACCCCCGGAGCAUGGGAAACGACUUGAACGACUAGCUCAAGGUUUUUUCCCAAGUAGUUUUCAAGGAUGUGAUGCAUUUCUUCGCCACAAGAUGACGCUGAUAUCUCCCUCAGUGCUGAAGAAGUAUGGUAUUCCCUUUGAUAAGAUCACCCAGGAGGCUGGAGAAUUUAUGAUCACAUUCCCAUAUGGCUACCAUGCUGGUUUUAAUCAUGGUUUCAACUGUGCAGAAUCUACAAAUUUUGCUACUGUCAGAUGGAUUGACUAUGGGAAAGUUGCUAAAUUGUGCACCUGCAGGAAUGACAUGGUGAAAAUUUCAAUGGAUAUUUUUGUGAAGAAAUUUCAGCCAGACAGAUACCAGCUUUGGAAACAAGGAAAGGAUAUAUACACCAUCGAUCACACAAAGCCUACUCCGGAAACUACCCCUGAAGUCAAAGCAUGGCUACAAAGGAGGAGGAAAAUGAGAGCAUCCAGGAGCUUCCAGUGCACUAGUUCUCACUCUAAGCGGCCUAAGAAUGAGGAGGAUGAGGAAGUGUCAGCGGCAGUUGAUGGGGCACAGGGCCCUACCCCUGACCCAGACCCAGACAACCUCUGUGAACAGCCAGAAGCAGCAGUGAAGCUGGAGAACAUGGAAGCACCUUCAGAGGGAGUAGCCUCUGCUAGCAGGAUGCAGCUGGACCAGAAUCUAUCAGAUAAUAUCAUGCUCUCAGGAAACAGCUGCUUAAGUACAUCAGUGAAGGAGGAAAUAAAAACUAAGGAUGACCAAACAUAUGCCAUAAUUCCAUCUUCAAACACCAGAGAAACUGCUGAUUCUAUAUCUAUUGGCCAUUUGACCCCCGAGGAAUCAGACCCACUCAAGCAUCCAUGGCCAAAGUUACCAGAGACGUGCUCCUCAGUGCCUGCAAGUGACAGAUUGUUGAUAGAAGAAGAGGGCAGCAAUGUGGAAAGCCCUGUGAGUGGCCUUGAACCUGGGGAAGUCUCACCGGUCCCCAGUGGAGAGAGGAAUGGUUUCAAAGUCCCCAGUAGAAUAGAGGGAGAAACCAAAACAGCUAAAAGUUGGCGCCAUCCACUGAGCAAGCCUCCAGCAAGAUCCCCCAUGACUCUGGUGAAGCAGCAGGCAACUAGUGACGAAGAAUUACCUGAGGUCCCAUUAAUUGAGGAGGAAGUGGAAGAAACGGAGUCUUGGGCAAAGCCUCUGGUCCACCUUUGGCAGACAAAAGCUCCCAACUUUGUGGCUGAGCAGGAGUAUAAUGCAGCCCUGGGCAGAAUGGAGCCGCACUGUGCCAUCUGUGCCCUCCUCAUGCCCUACUACAAGCCAGAUAGCAGCAAUGAAGAAAAUGAUUCUAAAUGGGAGACAAAAUUAGAUGACAUGGUUGCUCCGGGAGGAAAGACUAAGCCCCUCAUUCCAGAGAUGUGUUUUAUUUAUAGCGAAGAAAAUAUAGACUAUUCGCCACCUAAUGCCUUCCUAGAAGAGGAUGGAACAAGCCUUCUAAUUUCCUGUGCAAAGUGCUGCGUACGGGUUCAUGCAAGUUGUUAUGGUAUCCCUUCUCAUGAAAUCUCUGAUGGAUGGUUAUGUGUCCGGUGCAAAAGAAAUGCAUGGACAGCAGAGUGCUGUCUCUGCAAUUUGAGAGGGGGUGCUCUGAAGGAAACUAAGGAUAAUAAGUGGGCCCAUGUCAUGUGUGCCGUCGCAGUCCCAGAAGUUCGAUUCACUAAUGUCCCAGAAAGGACACAGAUAGAUGUAGGCAGAAUACCUUUACAGAGGUUAAAAUUGAAAUGCAUCUUCUGCCGACACCGGGUUAAGAAGGUCUCUGGAGCCUGCAUCCAGUGUUCCUUCGGCCGCUGUCCGGCCUCCUUCCAUGUCACGUGUGCUCAUGCCGCGGGGGUGCUGAUGGAGCCUCAUGAUUGGCCAUACGUGGUGAACAUCACGUGCUUUCGACAUAAGGGCAACCCAAAUGUGAAGUUGAAGGCUGGCGAGAGGGGCAUCUCUGUGGGGCAGACCGUCAUCACGAAGCACCGGAACACCCGGUACUACAGCUGCAGAGUGAUCGCCGUGACGUCGCAGACCUUCUACGAGGUCAUGUUUGAUGAUGGCUCCUUCAGCAGAGACACGUUCCCUGAGGAUAUCGUGAGCCGGGACUGUGUGAAGCUGGGCCCUCCCGCGGAGGGAGAAGUGGUUGAAGUCAAGUGGCCUGAUGGCAAACUCUAUGGAGCCAAGUAUCUCGGACUGAAUGUGGCCCACAUGUACCAGGUUGAAUUUGAAGAUGGAUCGCAGAUAGCAAUGAAGAGAGAGGACAUCUACACUCUAGAUGAAGAGUUACCCAAGAGAGUAAAAGCUCGUUUUUCCACAGCCUCUGACAUGCGAUUUGAAGACACCUUUUAUGGAGCAGACAUAAUCCAAGGGGAGAAAAAGAGACAGAGAGUGCUGAGCUCCAGGUUUAAAAACGAAUACGUGGACGACCCCGUGUACCGCACGUUUCUGAGGAGCUCCUUCCAGAAGAAGUGCCAGAAGAGGCAGUAGUCUGCGCGAGCCGCCGCAGCACCAGAGCGGCGUGGGCAGGAGGAGGACAGGCAGGGGCAGCCAUGGGCUGUGCCACGCGUGUCGCUGCGGUAGGUGACGGUGCGUCUCUGACGGUGGAGAGCUAGGCUCCCAGAGCACGGUAACCCAGCCACAGAACACACAUCCUGUUAAUUGGAUACGACCACCUGGAGCCAUCCCCUAGUCUUGCUUUCACACGUGCACAAUUGUCUUUCAGGAUCCCAAAGGAUUUUUCUAAGUGAAAGGAAAUAAUAGUGAGUCACCCACC